CUCCAAAAUGAGGUCCACGCGCUGCCAUGGCAAGUGCGGAGAAAAAUAAGUGCGUUUAAUAGAAUUACUUUUCUUUACCCUCCUUUCACUUUGGGAACUGUUUCCCGUGCUACCCUUUCACUCUUGGGAUUCUUUCCCUUCUUCCCACAAACCCCACUUUCCUUCUAUUGUUUCUAGAUCACACACAGACAAACACAUAAUAGCCAAGAGAACGAGUCUCAAAGUCCACUUUUUUAUUUAAUUCCUUCCUUCUCAUAGGUUUUUUUUUCCUCAGCUACCUUGAAAGCAUGGAAAGGAACCAAUGGAGUUCAUUAUAGCUUAGUUCGCUUUUAGAACUUCAAGUCUUCAACAUCUUUAACUGAAACUAUAACACACCAGUUGUUGGGUGAGUUUCAGUUAAAAAAAUUCUAUAUAUACAAUUUUAUGUCUUAUAAUUAGUCUAUCAAUAUAUACUUUUUGUAUGUUACUUCAGUCUGAAAUGAUUCGUUCACCAGAUAUAUAUAAUAAAGAUUUGUAAAUCCUGUACGAUACAUGUUUGUAUUAUUGCCUCUUUGGAAUCUGAGUGCCUAAAGCUGCAAGCUCGUUAGGGGAACUUUUGUUGUAUUAUUAUUAUUAUUAUUAUUAUAGUGUCAAAAUGUGACUAGGAUUUAUGUUGGGUUGAAUUUGAGACUUUAAAUUGCAUAUCUUUAUUUAUGGGUGGGGCUUUGUGAUCUGUGUGGGAAUUUGGGGGGGUGUGUCAGAUCAAAGCAUGCACCAAAAUUGGAUUUUUGAGCACACCCAUUUGAAGAUGGCAAGGAUUCACCACCAUAUUCAACAAAAAGAUGGUUACUUGAGCUACUACUACCCUCCACCACCACCACUACCACCACUAUUACCGCCACCAUAUUUGUCCACACCUUCAACAUCUUCUUCAGCUUCAUCUUCAUCUUCAUCUUCAUCUUCAUCACCAUCUUCUGGUACUAGGAUUAGUCCUGCUGUUCUUUUCAUCAUAGUAAUUCUUGCAGUUUUAUUCUUCAUCUCUGGUGUCCUCCAUCUGCUUGUUAGAUUUCUCAUGAAGCACCCUUCUUCAUCUGCAUCUGCUCAAUCUAAUAGAAACCACGAGAUUUCAACCUCUGAUGCACUACAAAGACAAUUACAGCAGCUUUUCCAUCUGCAUGAUUCUGGUUUGGAUCAGGCCUUCAUCGACGCGCUUCCGGUUUUUCAGUAUAAGGAGAUUGUGGGGCUGAAGGAGCCAUUUGAUUGUGCUGUUUGUCUGUGUGAGUUUUCUGAGAAGGAUAACCUCAGGUUGUUGCCUAUGUGCAGCCACGCGUUUCACAUAAGUUGUAUAGACACAUGGCUUCUUUCGAAUUCCACUUGCCCUCUUUGUAGAGGGACACUCCUUACUCCGGGGUUUUCGAUGGAGAAUCCAAUGUUUGAUUUUGAUGAUUUGAGGGAAGAUGAAGGGUGGCCUUGUGAUGGUGAAAAUGGAUGUACAAAUAGGCAGAAGAAAGUUGUGGUUGAAGAAAUCAAUGAUGAGAAAAGGGGAAUUUUCCCCGUAAGGCUCGGUAAAUUCCGGAAGAUGGAUGUGGAGACUGGUGAGGAGGGUGGAGUAGUAGGAGAGACAAGUAGCAGUAAUUUGGAUGCAAGAAGGUGUUUUUCAAUGGGAUCUUAUCAGUAUGUUGUGGCCAAUUCAGAACUCAGGAUAGCCUUGAAUCAUGACCGGAGUGAUUGCAAAUUGAGGCUUGCUGCCGAAGGAAAACAACAUUCUGAGAAGGCUGCAUUGGAAGGGGAUAUGGAUGCAAAGAACAUUAGGAGUGUGAGUAAAGGUGAGAGCUUUUCAGUGUCCAAAAUCUGGUUGUGGCCAAAGAAGGGAAAGUUUUCAAGUUCUUCCGAGGCUCAUAUUGGCAUGCCUUCUUAUCUUAAUUCAGACAUGCCUAGGAUGAGGGAAGCAGAAGAAGCAUGAAAGAAGGGAAGCCACUGCAACUUCUUUAGGUGGGUUGAUGAUAAUGGGUAUGCACUAGGGACAGAAACUGAUGCAGAGGUUGGUGGUGACUAUUGAUGAAUGGAGACUGAAUGUGUCAUGGAGAUUGGGUAGCUUGAAGGGUGAAGUUAGAGCAAUGAAGAUGCUAAUAAUGUACGUCUCAAUUGCAAUGGUUGUGGCUACUGUCUUUUGUGCAUCACUGUUGUUCACAUCAAUCUCCAAGUAAAGCUAUAGAUGGAGUGUUAUGUUGUUGUGCUUUCACUACAAGAUAUUUAGUUAUUUGUGGAAGUUUUUUAAUAGAUGUUUUUAAAAACCUCCAUAAAAUAAUUUCUUUGUGGCAAUUUAUCAAACUCCCAAUCAUGAUUAUAGAAAAACUCCCACUUUUUAUGCAUAAUUAAAACUCCCAUCCAAACAAAACGAACCCACCAAAAAAAAAGAAUGGUGAAACUCCAAAACCCUAAACAGAAUUUUUUUGAUUCCAAUGGAGGAGAAACACAGCGAUGCCGCAUCUCCAACUCAUUCCGCCACUACCGACUUACCCGCAUUUGAGCCUACAUCAACGCGCCACCAUGUCAGAGCUCUGAAGCCCAAGGCCAGCUCCCUCUCACUAUGGCGCGUCAUAUCCGCGCGGCGUCACUACUGCCUCGUCUUUCCCGGCAGGUUUUGCAACUUGUUCUGCUUUUGCUCCGGCAGAUGUGAAGCACUCGGAGCACGGUUUGGGCGUGGACUCAGUGCCGAUGGCUGAGGAGAUCUAAGAGAAGAGCGAAACAGAGAGAUUUAGAGAGGAGAGAGAGCUCGCAUCACCAUCGCCACUGUCGUCGCCACUGCGGUUUAUCGCCUCUCCAGAUCUGGUUGCAACGCCCAAGCCUCUGAG